AUCUCAACUUUUGAGCUUUCUCCAUAAAGUCCCACUUCUCAUAUCCAUUUCUCAAAAGUCAAUCAAUCUACCUGUUAGAAAUUUGCACGAAUUGUAUAGAGCCAUUAUUUCUAUAUAAAGUCCCAUUCUUCUUUAUAAAGUUUCAUUUUAUAAUAUUCACUUCUCAAAGAACAAGCUAGCCAUUGAAAGAGGAAGCUUAUUUCAUCAAAUCAUCAAAAAAAAAAAAAAUGGUGAAUUCCUUAUCUUCCAUCUUUAAUAUUAUCUUUCUUCUCACCAUGAUCUUGUCCUUUCGAUGCUCUUUUGGUUCGGAUUUUCUACAUUCAUCUUGCAAGAAAGCAGCAAAAAGUGAUCGAAGCUUUAGCUACAACUUCUGUGUUGAAAGCCUCAAGGCCAACCCUAAGAGCCAAACUGCUAAGAGCAUUGAAGAAUUGUUCAUAGUCUCUUUUGAGCUGACCAUCUCAAACGCAAGCGAAGUCGCUUCCUACGUUUCAAAGCUUUUGAAGGACAAAAAGUUUGAUGGUUAUGCUAGGGGUUGCUUGCAUGUUUGCUUGGAGCUCUAUUCUGAUGCUGUUUAUUCAUUGAAAGAGGCUCUUCGUGAUUACAUUAAAUCUAAGGAUUUGUCCAAUGCUAAUGUGGAAAUCAGCGCUGCCUUGGAUGCUUCUACUACUUGUGAAGAUGGUUUCAAGGAGAGGAAAGGUCUAGUGUCUCCUUUGACAAAAGAAAACAAUUUUUACUUCCAGCUGACUGCCAUUGCUCUCACUUUUUCCAGCAUGGUGCAUGUUGGUCAUAAAUAAUAUUAUGUAAGAUCAAUGUGUCUUUUGUUUUCUUUUUUCUGUUUGCUUAAUUGUCUAAGACAAAAAUUUCAUAUUGAAUAAUUUGGUAUAUAGCCUAAUGACAAAUUUACUAUAUUCUUGAAUAAUAAUUUGAAUUUGAAUUCUCC